GAACAUUAUAUCAGUUACAUAAUUGUAAUACCAUAUAUUUAUAUUUCAUUAAUUUAAAAUCAAUGAAAACUUAGCACUGCUGUAAAUGAAGAGGGAUUUGGCUGUUUCCAUGAAUGCUGCUUUAUCGGUUGGUUCACGAUAUAGUCAACACGCGCAGCAAAACAGAAUAUAAAUAAAUUAACAAGCAAAGUUUUGAAGCAUAUUAUUCAGAGCAUCUGAAACAAUAAUUCAUGGAUUGCACCUAUUGAAAUGGAGUUUGCUGAAUAUAUUCCGACUCCUAAAGUUGAAGGUGUUUGGUGUUACAAUGGACAAAAUAAAGCAAUAUCAGGAACAUUAUGCCUAACUGGACAUCAUAUGAUAUUGUAUGCAGAUGAUACCAGUUCAGGAGAAAUUUGGAUUCAGUAUAUGAACAUAGACGCUGUCGAAAAAAGAAUUGGAUUGGAUAAAGGCACUUUGGUUCUUAGAUGUAAAGAUCUCCAACAAAUACAACUUACUAUACCGGGAGUGGAAGAUGCCACGAAUGUCGCUUAUACAGCAGAAAUAUUAUCAAGCAUUACAGAUCCUUGUUUACAAUUCCCGUUUUUCUACCGAGCCAAAUUUAAAUAUGAUGAAAAUGGAUGGGAUUUAUAUAACAUCAAUGAUUGGUAUAAAGAGUUGCAAAGCAAGACUGAUAAAUGGCGACUUUCGGAUGUAAACUCUGAUUUUGGUGUUUGUACUUCAUAUCCGAAUCAAAUCGUGGUACCAAGUGAAAUAGAUGAUUCAAUGAUACAAAAAUCAGCAAAAUUUCGACAAGCAGGAAGAUUUCCAGUCUUGUGUUAUUACCACAAGAAUGGAGCGUCCAUUAUACGAUCAAGUCAACCGCUAGUGGGAGCUAAUAAUCGUAGAUGUAAGGAUGACGAAAAGUUACUUAACGCAAUGCUGGGUCCAUCACAUCGUGGAUAUAUUCUUGAUAUAAGGUCGGUGCAAACUGCGGUUCAAGCAAAGGCAAAAGGUGGAGGAUAUGAGUCUGAUCAUCAAUAUCCUAGAUGGAAGCGAUUUACUAUGAACUUAUACAGUUAUUACGUUCAGCAAGAGAGCCUAAUACGAAUAGUAGAAGCUAGCAAUGAUAAAUCUGGAAGUAUGGACAGAUGGAUGAGUAAAUUGGAAUCAUCAGGUUGGAUGGGAUAUAUCAAACGUGCUAUGGAUGCUGCUUGCCUUGUUGCUCAGUGUGUGGACAGGGAAGAAUGGUCAGUUCUUGUUCAUGGAGCAGAGGGUUUUGAUUCCACUCUCACUGUGACGUCACUCGCUCAAAUAAUACUCGAUUCUGAGUGUCGAACAAUUCGAGGAUUUCUUGCACUUAUUGAUAGAGAGUGGAUUUACUCAGGUCACCCAUUUGCAGAUAGAUCUGCUCACGGUCCUUACAGUAGCAACAAACAGAGAGGCGAAUCUCCUGUGUUUUCAAUAUUUCUGGAAUGUGUUUUUCAACUUCUUCAUCAAUUUCCUUUGUCUUUCGAAUUUACUUCAACUUUACUUGUUGACCUUAGAAUGCAUUCAUAUUCAUCACAAUUUGGAACAUUUUUGUUUAACCACAUGAGAGAUAGAGUUCGAGGAAAGCUUCAUCACAAAACAAUUUCAUUAUGGACAUAUAUUCUGUCACCUGCUAUCUUCCCUAAAUAUAUUAAUCCUCUAUAUAAAAGAAGAAAUGACAAUAUAUGGCCUUCAGUUGCUCCACAAAGUUUGGAGUUUUGGGAAGAAUUAUUUACACCAUGGUCAACGCCUAGGAAUGAAGCCUUAGAACGGGUGAAGUCCCUCGAAGCAGAACGUAUAGAGUUAGAAUAUCUUACUACUAAGUUAGCGAAAAGAGUUGGUAAUGUUCCAAUCAACGAGAUACAAAAUUUAACCAUCGGUCAAAUGGAUGAAAAAAAGGUUUCAAACAGGAAAAGUGCAAUGAAGAAUGAAAAACUGAAUAAGAAGAAAAAUGAAAACUUCGUGAAUGAGAACGCUGCGAUGAAUGGCCCAAAAUUGCUCGAUUUUACUGAAUUUCCGAGACCAGAAAAAUUUGAGGAUCUGGUAUCAGAUGAGAAGAGUAAUAAUUAUUAUAUGCCUAUUGAUGCGCCACAGCAUUUUUCGAAUGAUACUGACAUCCCAAAUGGGCUUCCACUACAGCGGCCUAAUCUCCUAGACGAUUUAGCGGCUUUUGUUAAUCCAUCUUCAAGUCAAGAGUUACCGGAAAAAGUGGAAACAAACUCAUCUAAGGAAUCUCCUUUAAUUGAUUUUGAUCAUUUUAGCGUCCCGAAUUCAGAAAAUAGUACGGAUUCGGCCCAACAAUCGAGCGAACCAAGUUUGAUUAAUAUUGAUGAGGAUUUUAGUAACGAAAAAAUAGAAACUGAUCCUAUCUUAAGUAAUUCGAAUUCUUUGAAUGACUUAUAUGAAUCUCCUAUAUAAAGAUAAAAUUUGAGAAAUUUUCUGUAUGGAGCUGUGUAAGGUAUUCGAGUUACAACUAAUAUUAUUCAUCCGCCAUGCUUUAAUUAUUAUUUAAUUUGACCUCUUUAUGAUCUGCACUUGUAUUUAUUCCUCCUAUAUGUUUCUGAAAUUUAUUCAUAAUCAUUAAUUUAUACAAAAUUGCGAUCAAAAAUCAUCAUUUUAGACUCAAAAAUUGAUUGUUUAAACAUAUAUAAAAGAUGUAAUACACAUCACAUUAGCCAAUUUGAAAUAUAGUCCAUAUCAAAUGUAGCAUCUAUUAAAUGAUUAGUUUUACAGUAUAGAAUAUACUGACUUGAUAGUACAGUGUAUAUUAUUAUAUUAUAGUGGUACUAUUUCUUAGUCUAGGGGGUAAAGCUUUGCUCUUCAGUGGAAAUUCAUAUGCCAUGUAUUGAAGCUUUCUUUUAUUUGUUGCAACCUGGCUUAUAUUUUUAGGCAAAUUAUUCCUUCUAUAUGUUUAUGCACAGUAGUGAUUGCGUGCAAUAAAGCAUUAAUCUAACGUC